AAAUAAGGAGCAGGAUUCCCACUAAGAAUAUUAGAAGACAUCGAGGAAAGGGACAUUGUUCUCUGAUCAAGUCAAAUAAUACAUAAUUGUUUCUUACAACUCUGGAGGAUUCAAAAAACUAUUUCCUUCUUCUGAAAACUUCUACAGCUAUUUGUUUCUCAUUUAAUACAUCAUGAGUCCCACAGGAGAUAAAUCAUUUGCAUGUUCUGAAUGCAGCAAAUGUUUUUCAAGGAAGUCACGUCUUACUAUACAUCAGAGGAGUCACACAGGAGAGAAGCCAUUUAAAUGCUCUGAAUGUAGCAUGUGUUUUUUUACAAAGCAGCAACUUGUUAGACAUCUGAUGUAUCAUACAGGAGAGAAACCAUUUACAUGUUCUGAAUGCAGAAAAUAUUUUUCCUAUAAGUCACAACUUGUUAUACAUCAGAGGAGUCACACAGGAGAGAAGCCAUUUAAAUGCUCUGAAUGCAGCAAGUGUUUUACAGAGAAGUGUCAACUUCUUAAUCAUCAGAGGAGUCACACUGGAGAGACACCAUUUACAUGUUCUGAAUGUAGCAUGUGUUUUUUUACAAAGCCGCAACUUGUUAGACAUCUGAUGUAUCAUACAGGAGAGAAGCCAUUUAAAUGCUCUGAAUGUGGCAAGUGUUUUACUGAGAAGAUGAGACUUGUUAGACAUCAGAGGAUUCACACAGGAGAGAAACCAUUUAUAUGUUAUGAAUGCAGCAAGUGUUUUUCCAGCAAGCACCACCUUGUUAGUCAUCAGAGGAAUCACACAGGAGAGAAGCCAUUUACAUGUUGUGAAUGCAGUAAGUGUUUUAAAACUAAGCAACAACUUGUUAAUCAUCAGAUAAUUCACACAGGAGAGAAACCAUAUAAAUGCUCUGAGUGCAGCAAGUGUUUUAGCCGAAUAACACAUCUUGUCUGUCAUCAGAAGAUUCACACAGGAGAGAAGCCAUUUAAAUGCUCUGAAUGUAGCAAAUGUUUUAGUGAAAAGUAUUAUCUUGUUAGACAUCAGAGGAUUCACACAGGAGAGAAGCCAUUUACAUGUUCUGAAUGCAGCAACAAAUGUUUUUCAAGGAAGUCACGUCUUACUGUACAUCAGAGGAGUCACACAGGAGAGAAGCCAUUUAAAUGCUCUGAAUGUAGCAAGUGUUUUACAGAGAAGCAACAACUUCUUAAUCAUCAGAGGAGUCACACUGGAGAAAAACCAUUUACAUGUUCUGAAUGCAGCAAAUGUUUUUCAAGGAAGUCAUGUCUUACUGUACAUCAGAGGAGUCACACAGGAGAGAAGCCAUUUAAAUGCUCUGAAUGUAGCAAGUGUUUUACAGAGAAGCAACAACUUCUUAAUCAUCAGAGGAGUCACACUGGAGAGAAACCAUUUACAUGUUCUGAAUGUAACAAAUGUUUUUUUACAAAGCAGCAACUUGUUAGACAUCUGAUGUAUCAUACAGGAGAGAAGCCAUUUAAAUGCUCUGAAUGUGGCAAGUGUUUUACUGAGAAGAUGAGACUUGUUAGACAUCAGAGGAUUCACACAGGAGAAAAACCAUUUAUAUGUUAUGAAUGCAGCAAGUGUUUUUCCAGCAAGCACCACCUUGUUAGUCAUCAGAGGAAUCACACAGGAGAGAAGCCAUUUACAUGCUGUGAAUGCAGUAAGUGUUUUAAAAAUAAGCAACAACUUGUUAAUCAUCAAAGAAUUCACACAGGAGAGAAACCAUAUAAGUGCUCUGAGUGCAGCAAGUGUUUCAGCCGAAUAUCACAGCUUGUCUGUCAUCAGAUGAUUCACACAGGAGAGAAGCCAUUUAAAUGCUCUGAAUGUAGCAAAUGUUUUAGCAAAAAGUGUCAUCUCGUUACACAUCAGAGGAUUCACACAGGAGAGAAGCCAUUUACAUGUUCUGAAUGCAGCAAGCGUUUUGCAAGACAGACAACACUUGUUAAACACAUGAGGAGACACUCUGAGGGCCUGAAUGUAAAAUGUAUUUCUGAAAUAAGUUAA